GUACUUGGUAGACUUGGUUCUCUCCAAACGGCCGUUGCCGAGACGGCAAGAAGCUGAAACCGAGACCUUCACGUGCGGUGGCGAGCCUCAGAGUGCGUUGGUGACGCACGAAGAAGUGCAAAAUUGGGCCAACGGGACCCAGGAGGCGAUCAUUUGUUCCAUUUCCCACGCCUGGGAAACCCGGGAACAUCCAGAACCGUGUCGGCACCAAUUGCAGCACAUCGUCAAUCAUACGGGACUGUACGGUGCUGCAUUCAAAGCAGACAUUUGGAUCUUCUAUGAUUACAGCUCGCUCUUCCAAUAUGAAAGAACCAACUCACAUGAAGACAAGAGCUUUCGGAAGGCGAUGAACAACAUGCACCUCAUGUAUGCUCACGAAUGCACUUUGACAUUCAGGAUCGAAACCCUUACUCCAAAGGAUGUUUGGGAAACCAUGAUGGCUGAUGAAGGAGCUGUUGUCCGAGUGUAUGAUGCAGGCAGCAAGACUCUGAAAGAGAAGCCCUUGAAGCUCUUGGAAGCCAACAGAACUCCAUACUUGCAGCGAGGGUGGUGUAUGGCAGAAAUCGAAUGGUCAUCUCUGAGAGGAGUGAAUGCACAACAUCAACACAUCGACAGACCGGAGGAUCCGAAGUCUGAGACGCAGGGAUCCGAUGAUCUCAAUGGGAGAGUUCCUAUGAUCCCUGAGAAGUUCAGGCAGCAAAUGGAGCAAGCAAAGUUCACCCAUCGCUCGGAUGCUGAUGCAGUGAUCUAUUUGCAACAGAAGAUUUUCAGGGAGAAGGUGAUCGAAUGUCAACACUUGGUGUUGGAAGGCCUUCCGGCCCAAGAGAUCUUGGCACUAGCGCAUGCACUCCCACACUACGAAAAUCUGAAGAGCUUGACGGUGACGAGGUUUCAAUGUGGCGAGGAAGAGGCAACGUCCCUAGGGAAGGCCCGAGACAUGUCGGUGAUGGUGGUGCUAGUUGCUUUGGCAUCACGUCAAGUGGAGACGCUUGAAAUCAUCGGUGGCAUCGGUGAAAGUGGCCGAUUCAUGGUGAAGGCUCUCGCGGAAGCCUUGAAGAUCAAUAGCUCCGUGCGGGACAUGAAUUUGGCACAUAACCGGAUUGGUCCCGAGGGAGCUCAGGCUCUCGCGGAAACCUUGAAGACCAAUAGCUCCGUGCGGGACAUGAAUUUGGCACAUAACAAGAUUGGUCCCGAGGGAGCUCAGGCUCUCGCGGGAGCCUUGAAGAUCAAUAGCUCCGUGCGGGACAUGAAUUUGGCACGGAAUGACAUCGAUGACACAGGAGCUCAGGCUCUCGCGGAAGCCUUGAAGAUCAAUAGCUCCGUGCGGGACAUGAAUUUGGAACAUAACAUGAUUGGUUCUGAGGGAGCUCAGGCUGUUGCAGACGCCCUGCAGAGGAAGACUUCAGUCAGAGACACCACUGCUGACGGAGCCAAGGCACUAGCCGAAGCUUUGAAGACGAACACUUCCGUGACAAGCAUCGACCUGGGAAACAAUUCCAUCGGCGAUGAGGGAGCGAAGGCCUUUUGUGUCCCGGGAUUCCAAGUGGCCGUAGCCGAAGCUUUGAAGACGAACACUUCCGUGACACGCAUCGACCUGGGUCUCAAUUCCAUCGGCGAUGAGGGAGUGAAGGCACUGGCUGAAGCUUUGAAGACGAACACUUCUGUGACAAGCAUCCGCCUGAGUAAAAAUUCCAUAGGCGCUGAGGGAGCGCAGGCCUUUUGUGCCCCGGGAUUCCAAGUGGCACUAGCCGAAGCUUUGAAGAAGAACACUUCUGUGACAAGCAUCGGCCUGGCUGAAAGUUCCAUCGGCGAUGAGGGAGUGAAGGCCUUUUGUGUCCCGGUGUUCCAAGUGGCACUAGCUGAAGCUUUGAAGACGAACGUUUCCGUGACAAGCAUCAAAUUGGCUCGCAAUUCCAUCGGUGAUGAGGGAGUGAAGGCCUUUUGUGUCCCGGGAUUCCAAGUGGCACUAGCUGAAGCUUUGAAGAAGAACACUUCCGUGACACGCAUCGGCCUGGCUAAAAAUUCCAUCGGCGAUGAGGGGGUGAAGGCCUUUUGUGUCCCAGGGUUCCAACUGGCACUAGCUGAAGCUUUGAAGACGAACGUUUCCGUGACAAGCAUCAACCUGUGUGACAAUUCCAUCGGCGUUGAGGGAGUGAAGGCCUUUUGUGUCCCGGGAUUCCAAGUGGCUGCUCAUGGUCUCACAGAUGUCAACCUUGAUCUACUUCCAAGUCGCUUUCAAUUUGACCAGGCACUAGCUGAAGCUUUGAAGAAGAACACUUCCGUGACAAGCAUCCGCCUGAGUAGCAAUUCCAUCGGCGUUGAGGGAGUGAAGGCCUUUUGUGUCCCGGUGUUCCAAGUGGCACUAGCUGAAGCUUUGAAGAAGAACACUUCCGUGACAAGCAUCGAUUUGGGUGGCAAUUCCAUCGGCGUUGAGGGAGUGAAGGCACUAGCUGAAGCUUUGAAGACGAACGUUUCCAUGACAAGCAUCGGCCUGUGGGCCAAUUCCAUUAGAAAUGAGGGCGCUCAGGCACUAGCUGAAGCUUUGAAGACGAACGUUUCCGUGACAAGCAUCAGCUUGGAACGCAGUUCCAUCGGCGCUGAGGGAGUGAAGGCCUUUUGUGUCCCGGGAUUCCAAGUGGCACUAGCUGAAGCUUUGAAGACGAACACUUCCGUGACACGCAUCUACCUGCGUGACAAUCCCAUCGGCGAUGAGGGAGUGAAGGCCUUUUGUGUCCCGGGAUUCCAAGUGGCUGCUCAUGGAUCAUCAGGACAUUCCGAAGUCGACACAGACAUGACAGCAUUCGAAAACCCAAACCCGGAUGUUGCUGAGCGCGCCGUUUGCUUUGAUCCCCACAGCGGGCGACCGAUCCAGGUGCAACGAUCGUCCGCAGAGGAACAAACACUGGAAACACGUCAAAGAUUCCAAACUCGCCGCAGCAAAGGGUUUCUCACUUGGUGUCACAAGUUUUUUUCUGUCGUUUUCUUUGAACGCGAUUCCGAGCUCACCCUGCUUGGCUUUGGAACAGCGCAAAGCCAGAGCGCGGAGCCGCAGCUGGAAGACGUCGUCAUGGGCUCUGGCGGCUCAUCUCAGGCCCUCCACAAGAGUUUGGACAUGGCGAGAUUUGCUCAUGGCGUGAUGUUGACAGUUGUUGGUUUGGAGGUUUUUGCCACACCAGAAGAACUCAAAUUCCUCACAAGAUUUGGGAACAGAGAACCAUAUUCCAAGCUCAUCUUUCGUGGUUUCCGCUAUUUCUGUACGGGCGGUCAGUGGUUGCAAACGCAUCUUCCUCAGACUCUGAUGUUGAGCCUGCCAUCUCUCGUAUUCCUACCCUCAAAGUGUGUCUUUGGGCUGACCGAGAUGGACCCUCAGUGGGACGCCAACUUCGCCGAGGUCCACAGCAAGCUGUACGACGAAAUCAUGAGUUCCAUCCACCUGGUCUUCGCGCACUUCAGCGAUGGAGUUCGAGGACUUCCGGCGGAACGCCUCGGGCAGGCCAUGCGGAUCCUGGGGAUGAACCCCACGGAGCAUCAGGAUCUUUGGCCGCAGAUUGUCUACAAACACUUGGCAGAUCUUGGUCGCCCAUACAUCGACCAAGCGACGUUUCACCGUUUCAUCCAGGCUGUGGUUGACUAUUUGAAGCAAUAUGAUACGGCCAACAAGGGCGCCUUGUCCACUGAAGAAGUUCAAGCAGCGAUCAGAGAAACUGAAGAGAAUCCGGCCUUGCGUUCACCACGAUUUCUUCUCACCAGCGACUCGCAGAGUCCUAGACAGCUUGGGAUUCCGCUGGGUCGCGAGGCAAGUGUCGCAAAGAUGCCAAGCAACAGCCACCCGGAUGCAAGUAAAGGUCAGCUGGAUAUUGUGGAGCUGGCAACGUGUUUUCUGGAGUUGGGUGAUGAGGCGGACAUGCUUGAGCCAUCGGAGGCAGAGAAAGAGAGAGCAUCUGCGAGUGAAGCAGAUAGCAAAGCAGUCAAAAUUCAGGUGGUCAAAGAUGAUGUAUCAGCUGAUGCCGAGGCACAUGCGGGAGCUGGGGUUCCUUCUUUUGGUGGAAGACAGGAGAGCGCCAGUGGCCCAGCAGCCUACAGCACGAUGUUCAACGAUGUCAGGGCUUCCACGAACGCGGUCUUCAGAUAUUUCUCCCAGCCUUCUGGGGUUCCCGCGGAACGACUUGGACAUGCCAUGGCUAUUCUUGGGAUGAACCCCACGGAAUAUGAGGUCAAAAAGCAUUUGGCAGGUCUCGGAGGUCCAAAAUACAUUGACCGAAAGAUGUUUCACCGUUUCAUAGAGGAGGAAUUGGGAAAGCUGAUUCCGAAAGUUCAGGAAUUGCUGGACUAUCUAAAGCAGUUCGACACGGACGGUAAAGGCGCAUUGUCAGAGGAAGAGCUGCAAGAAGUGAUGAGAGGAAGUGAGCUGAGCCAGGACGAAGUUCAGGCCAGGUGGGAGCUGCACGAUGGAAUUUGGAGGUUGUCACUCUUUAAAGUUUGUCACGAACCUGCAAAGCCAAUCCGUUUAGACACGGCUUUAACUUUACCACCUGUCUUUCAAUAG